CAUUAAAUACAGCUAUUAAAAGUGGUAUACAGAAUUUAUAUGUGUUUACUACCGAAGCUAUCAAAUGAACGAAAAAAAAUGAAACGACUUGACAAUAAUACAAAUAUGAAAGUUUUAAAUAAAUACAAUACAUACGAGUAUAUAUACAUGUAUUAAAAGGUGUAUUUACUAAUAUAUACGGUGUGCCACUUGCCAAAUUGGCCAAAGGAGAAACACUCGGAUUUUCUAAAAGUCCGGGAAACACACGGAAGAGAGUCAACUCUUUGAAAUCCCAAUAAUAACUUCGAACGACAACCACGGCCAAGUUGUAACUUUUAAAAAUGGGUUUGUUUAGCUCCCUCGAUCGAAAGCGGCGAGUUGACUAAAUUAUAAACAACAAGAACUAUAUUAUUGAUCUAUGCAUAGUAAGUACUAGGUAGACAGAGUAGGAUAUUAUUGUAAUGCAUAUGGGGUUCGAGUAUUAAAUGACUACAGAAAGUCGUAUAUAGUGAUGGCAAAUGGGUGGCGUGGACGAGUAUUUCAAUAUCCAUAUAUGCUUCGAAUCAAGUGUGGGUCGGAUAAGUAAUACCAGUUCGGGUACGAAGCAGUAUGGGUCAAUUAUAAUAGAAUGGAUAAUUUAUUCUAAUUAGUUGAAAGUUAAAAUUUAACUAGUUGAAAAAUAAAGUAAACAUAAGAUUAAUAUGAAUAAGUAUUGUAAAAUAAUUGAAGUAGAAUAAGUCAAAAAUGGGAGGAAACGAGAUAUGACCGGUCGAAAUACCCAUACCAGUCUCAUGCUACUGCGAGUGAGAUAAUACCCGUCCAAUCACCGAUCAAGUCGAGUAAUACCCAAGACUGCUCAAAUUGGGCAAGGGAACUUUCAACGAGGCAGGGAGAACAUUAACAACUCGAGUCAUUAAACAAAUGCCCUCAUGUACGUGUAUAAGGGAACCAUAAAUAGCCUUCUCGAUUGCCCAUUCUAGCUAAUCCAUCAACCAAGAGAGAGAGAGAGAGAUGGGAGCUAGUCGGAGCAAGAAAACAGUGGUGGGAUUAGUCCUGCAAAUGAUGCUUAUCGUCGUGUUGCUUCUGUGUGUGUUGCCGGCGCAACUAACAGAGGCCCGUCGCCUUCUCAAAACUAGAGGUCGUCGAUCUCCUCCGCCACCCCCGCCGCCCCAUCUAUCCUGCAGGCCACCGCCGCCUCCGCUCAGAGAAUCGUCUCGGCCGCCGCCUCCGCCCAGUUCAUCCUCUAUGUGGCCGCAGCCACCGCCCGGCGUAUCCACUCCUCCUCCGACGCCGUAUAAGAAACCACCGACUCCGCCACCACCUUCUUUUCAGCCUAAGCCCAGCCUGUCACCGCCCGGAAAGAAAGGAUAAAAACAAGAAGAAAAUACUCGCCCUUAUUAAUUAUUUGUUUUUUUUUCUUCUUUGGUAGAAUUUGUUUUUUUUUUUUAUAUUUGUAAUUGACUUUGAAGCGAUGCCAAAUAUGUUGUAUAUGUAUGAACCUACCAACAACUAUUGUCAUCACCAGAGUUUCAUCGAUUCAAAAAUUCGUGUGCAGUUCUUUUCCUAUUAUCAUAUUUCGUGUGCUCUGCUCUUUCCCACACCCUGAUCAUCAACUUGACUAAUGCCCUAGAUAACCAACUGCAAAGCAAAUUUACAAACAGCGCAAUGCAGUCUCGUAUAUCUACAGAACUCCGCGACUAGCGAGGCAAACAGCCCUCCAUUACAUUAGAGCAUUUCACAGAACCAAAAACACCAAACGCAGUGAAGUAUUCUUACAUGUUGGGAUCGUGUCUCAGUCUACAUCAGCAAAGUACCUAUCCUCUGCAUCACGGGUUGCUUCCUGGUGCCAAUGAUCAUCCAAAGUUUCAUCGUCAUCGAUUUUUUCGUAAUCUAAAUGCUCAUGGUCUUCACCGGAGAGGAACUUCUGGUGCAUGACAGUGGUGAAUUGGUCCAUCCUGUCUUCCAUUUCCUCAGCUGACAAAUUUUCAUCCUUGUCCGGUUGCUCUGUAGCUGAUGGGGCACUUCCAACACUCUGAAGACAGGAACAGCAGGUAUCACAAUAUGAAAAUGGCCAAGAUAGAGCAAUUUCAUCAAAAGCUGACCAGGUGGUUAAUGUAUUGGGAGAUCAUCAAUUGAAGACAUUUUCACCACCAGUUCUUCAGGAUGAAGUAAUGAAACCACUAAUCUUGAACUACUACAAAUAAUAAGUAACGAAACCGGGAUAUCAUAGCACAUGCUACAGCAUGCAACAUUCAUCAAUAUAGUAAUAUUCUUGAC